CCUCUUCCGGGUUCCAACCGCAUAUCCUGAUAUCCUAUUCCCCGUCGCCUUCUCUAUUUCUCAUCACCCCCUUCUUCGAUUCUCCUCCCCAAUUCCCCAUUCCACCGCAAAAUCCUCGGGCGGUUUGAUCCAAUUCCGGUUCUCUUUUCCUCCCCGCGGGCGAUGAAAUUCGGCAAGAGCCUGAGCAGCCAGAUCGUGGAGACGCUGCCGGAGUGGCGCGACAAGUUCCUGUCCUACAAGGACCUCAAGAAGCGGCUCAAGCACAUUGCCGACGCCGGCGCGGGCGAGCGGCAGAGCAAGCGACAGCGCGCCGGUGACGGGGGCAUCGACGGCUCGCCGCCGCCGCCGCCGAUUGUGACGCCGGAGGAGGCCGGGUUCGUCUGCCUCCUCGAGGCGGAGCUCGAGAAAUUCAACGCCUUCUUCAUCGAGAAGGAGGAGGAGUACAUCAUCCGGCAGAAGGAGCUCCAGGACUGGGUGGUGAGGGCGGCUGAGAUGGGGUCGGCGGAGGAGCUGAUGCGGGUGGGGAAGGAGAUCGUCGAUUUCCACGGCGAGAUGGUGUUGCUCGUGAACUACAGCGCUCUCAACUACACCGGAUUGGUUAAAAUUCUCAAGAAGUACGAUAAGAGGACCGGUGCCCUGAUCCGCCUCCCGUUCAUCCAGAGGGUACUGCAACAGCCCUUCUUCACCACUGACCUCCUUCAUAAGCUUGUGAAGGAAUGCGAGGUGAUGCUGGACCAGCUCAUACCAGCAAGCAAACCUUCUGUACCAAGCAUGGAUGGAAAAGAAGAGAGCGACAGUGACGAGAAGCCCACAAAGCCCAUCUCGUCCUUGGCCAAUGGCGGCAGGGUCCUGGAACUGGACGAGAUUGAGGACAUGAGGGGCAUGUACAUGAAGAGCACGGUGGCCGCACUCAGGGCGCUGAAGGAGAUCCGGAGCGGGAGCUCGACGGUGAGCAUGUUCUCCAUGCCUCCUCUGCACGGCAGCAACGGUCAGGAGGAGCAGGAGAGAUGAAACAAGAUAUCUAUCUGGGAAUGAUUGAGCAGGAACAUGAGAGCUGGAUUUGGUUCUCCUCUGGGUCAUGUAUAACUCAGUAUUUUCGUGUUAUGUGUGCUUCAGGAAUGUUGUAAAAUGAGGGGGCAACAGGGUUAGUAUACAUCGAUAAACCAUAAAAUUCUGAAUAACCAUAAAAUCUGAAUAUGCAGCCUUAAUUCUUUCUGUUUUCUUAAUGUCAGGAUCAUGAACGUCGGAUGAUUUUGUUUCUGUUCUUGUGUCCGUUAGCAUGUUUAUGUUCAACCCA